AUGGCCCGUCCCGUACACUGCACACACAGCUUCGAGGCACUCAAGUCGACGACAUCGCUCAUCCUAUGGAAUUGCAACAUGUGCCACUCCGGACCACACUGGUGGAUCUGGGAAUGUCAGAAGUGCAAGCUCAAGGUCUGCACCCCUUGUUCUGAGAAACUUCCCGGGGGUGCCAACAAGCCGAGCCACACCAAGCGUUGA